AUGUUCAAGGACAACCAGCUCGUCAAGGCCUGGGAGUCCACCAUCCGCAAGACUGCUGCUACUCUUCACCAGGAGAAGCAACAGAAUACGCAGCACCAUCGCCGUCGCAGCGUCGCUUCGGCGUCCAUGUCGAUUCUCCCCGGCGACGACCAGCUCGAUGUCUCUUCCGGUGACAAUAACGCCCCGAGUACGCCGGUGGGGAACGACGAGACGGGCUCUGUCUACCACGCCGAGCGCGUUCUCUCCACCGGCGACUUCUACACCGGGCAGUGGUGCGGCAGCGUGCCGCACGGGCAGGGCAAGUACCUCUGGACCGACGGGUGCAUGUACGAAGGCGAGUGGCACAACGGGAAGACGAUGGGCAAGGGCAAGUUCUCGUGGCCCUCCGGCGCCACCUACGAAGGCGAGUUCAAGGCCGGGUUCAUGGACGGCUACGGCACCUACAUCGGCGCGCUCGGCGACACCUACCGCGGCACCUGGUCCAUUAACCUCAAGCACGGCCACGGCGUGAAGUCCUUCGCCAGCGGCGACUACUACGACGGCGAGUGGCGAAGCGGCGUGCAAGAUGGGCACGGGCGGUACGUGUGGAAGAACGGGAAUGAGUACGUGGGGCAGUGGCGGGCCGGCAUCGUGGACGGCCGCGGCACGCUCGUGUGGGGGAAUGGGAAUCGGUACGACGGCGGAUGGGAAAAUGGCCUCCCCAAAGGGAAUGGCAACUUCAGGUGGGCGGACGGAGGGCUUUACGUCGGGAAUUGGAGCAAGGAGAACGGGAGCCUCCAGCAGAAAGGUGUCUACCAUCCGUCCCCGACGGCCUCCUCGCCGACCGCCCGAGAUCCCUACGUCAUCUUCACGGCCGGCCUCGGAGAUUGCAAGGUCUCCAACAUCGAAGACGUCUCUAUUCUGCCAUCCCAAAAGACUCUGAAUUGGCCCGGCACGGAAGCCGAUAAUCAGCUGGCACAAAAGCAAGCCGCCUGGCGAUCCUCCAAGACGGGAGAAUUGCCGGCGAGGCGGCGGCGAGCUUCGAUCGAGACGGCGGCAGCCAUCGGGGCGACACCGCGAGGGCUCCCCGGACACCAUGCUAGCAACACCAUAGGUGGGAUCGGAAGCAAAAGCGGCUUUUGGUAUGCGGAUGACCUCGCCAACUGUUGUGACGGUGAGAACGAAGAACCUAGAAGAAUGGAAUCGAGGGGCAUAGGGAGGAUCCUCCCGACGAGGUUGCCGGCUAAGGAUCAGGCAAAGAAGCAAGGUGACGCAAUAUCGAAAGGCCAUCAGAAGUAUGAACUGAUGCUCAAUCUCCAACUCGGAAUCAGGCAUGCAGUGGGGAAACUCCCUGAACCCAAGUCACUUGACCUCAAGACACCUUCAUUUGACCCUAAAGAAAAGAUAUGGACAAGGUUUCCACCAGAGGGAACCAAACAUACACCCCCACACCCUUGUUCUGAUUUCAAGUGGAAGGACUACUGUCCUCUAGUUUUCAGGACACUUCGCAAGCUAUUCAUGGUUGAUCCAGCUGAUUAUAUGCUUUCAAUAUGUGGAAACGAUGCUCUGCGAGAGCUUUCAUCUCCUGGGAAAAGUGGAAGCUUUUUUUACCUUACGAAUGAUGAUAAAUACAUGAUCAAGACAAUGAAGAAAUCUGAAGUAAAAGUUCUUCUAAGGAUGCUUCCGGCAUACUAUAACCAUGUUCGAGCUUUCGAAAACACUUUGGUGACCAAGUUCUUCGGCUUGCAUUGUGUCAAACUUACUGGGGCUACUCAGAGAAAGGUUCGAUUUGUCAUAAUGGGUAACCUCUUCUGCACCGAGAAUUCUAUCCAUAGGCGUUUCGACCUCAAGGGAUCUUCUCACGGUCGUACGACAGAUAAACCUGAGGCAGAAAUUGAUGAGAACACUACUCUCAAAGACCUUGACCUGAAUUUUAUAUUUCGACUGCAAAAAUCUUGGUUCCAGGAAUUUCACAAGCAAGUUGAUCGAGACUGCGAAUUGUUGGAGCAAGAGAGAAUUAUGGAUUACAGUCUCUUAGUGGGAGUUCAUUUUAGUGAAACAUCCGUCUCCCAAGAAAAUGAGGCUACUCCUCGCCUUUCUAGAGCUGAUAUGGAUCAACUUCCUUGUGAUGCAACACAGUGGGAAUCUACAAAACUAGGUGCAAAUAUGCCGGCUAAGGUCGAAUCGAUAGUUCGAAAAAAUGAUCCUGAAUCAUUUCUGAAUUUUGAACCAACAGGGGAGUUUCAUGAUGUGGUUUUAUACUUUGGCAUUAUAGAUAUUCUCCAAGAUUAUGAUAUCAGCAAGAAGCUUGAACAUGCUUACAAAUCUUUUCAGUAUGAUCCAACCUCUAUAUCAGCUGUUGAUCCUAGACAAUACUCAAAGCGAUUUCGCGACUUCAUUUAUAAAGUCUUCGUAGAAGAAGACUAA